ACGCUUCUCGCACACUUCCUCAUAGGUGUUUACUGUGGACCUGAUCAAAGAGUAGUCGAAAAGUUAAAAAGUUCAGAAUGAAAUGCUGGCUCCUAGAUAGCUGUUCUGUCAUUUUUGUGAUAUUUGUUUUCUCCGAAGUCAUAUCCAGUGUGGCGAGGGGAGAAAAUUGCAAGAGCUCCGAUCUAAAAACACAAAGCGUAUGUUUUGGAGGGCUUUUUUGUAGAAACUUCAUCAAGACAGACGCCUUGAACUUUGCAAAGGGGCUUCUCAAAACCCCUGUUGAAAUUGCCAGUAUGGACAGACUAGCUGGUCGUCGGCCAAGGCCAAUACUAUUCAAUCGUUACCGAGUGCUAGGAACAUUGCAAAGGUUCUUUUUGGCACUUUUUACACCAGAAAAAUCGUCAAGCAUUCUGAAUCUGGAUGGAAAUAAAUGCUGUACCGGGAUUUCAUUUUACUACUGCCCGAAUGCUGACUUCGACACCUACACAGAAACCGUCGAUGGGCAGUCAUUGAUAUGGGAACCAGUCCAGUUAGGAGACUGUGCCAACCCGAAACCUGAAGAUAUGCUUCAAGUGCUACCAGUUAAAGCGUGUCUGCAUGAAAACGCAAACUGCAAUGACUGGAAAUGUGAAGCGGAAUACAGAAGUUUCAAUGUACUUAUGGAAUGCAAGAGUCCCAAUUGCCCGUGCAGUGCGCCAACCGUGCAGUAUAAACCCAUAUCACUGUCAACAGCAUGUCUGUGUAAAAACACAUAAAUUAAAUACAAAAUGAAUGGAAAGUAAAAGAAUAUUCAUGUCCUCGGUCAAAACAUCAUAAGCUGUCACCAUCAAGUUUGACAAUGAUUGAUGGCCUUUUGUUAAAAUGAAUAUAUUGAGGUGAAUACUUAGCUGGGCCGGUCCACUGUGACAGAUUGACAACUUAAUAGCUUAACUAUUAAUUAAGAUAGUCACCUUAACGGGGCCCCCGCGAUCGACACGAGCAUUUGAUUGACCUUAUUAAACUGCAUGAAGCCAACCUGUGUAGACAUCGUGAACGUAAGACAUGUUAAGACCUCACCAAGUAGAUGAUAUGAAGUGGACCACUCGCCGUCAAAAGGGCCUACGUGUCCAUGCUCAUAUUGUACCCUACGUGCGUAAAUUCCAAAUGGGACGCUACGUCAUGUGCGUGCGUUCGUGCUCCUAGUCUUUUAGUCAGUGCCAUAUUUUUUCUAUUUAAAAUCAGUAAAAUACCAGUCCUGAAACCCAGAUAUUAUUCGUAGCGUGAUUUCAACACUAAUAAUAGAUGUGAGUUCAUCAUAUUUAAAACAGGAUAUUAAUGCAUUAAUCUAGGGCUUUAUCUGUUUUCCUUUGAAAUAUGCAGUAAAAUGUUAUAAAUAGCAGGUGUCACGACGACGCAUAAUUUGGUAAAGGGAAGGAUACGGUGCACGGCCACUACAAAGAAAACUAAAUAAAUAUUUAAAAGUACUAAUGUUGAUAUUCUUUAUUCAUACCUUUUCACCAGACUGAGCUGGUAAAGACGUACGGAAAAUAAUAAUAACAAUAAUAAUAAUUUAAACUGCACUUUACAUGCGUUUCUGUAAAUAUUUUAACGUUCAAACCUUUAAGCUAAAAGUAAAAACAACUUAAAACCUUGAAUAAAAGAAACACCUUAAUUUAAUGGGGAAAUUAUACUUAAAUAACAAGACACGCAUUAAAAGUCUGUGAAGCUGACUUUUAUGAUUGAAGAAAAAUCAGUCGAAAUCUACCAUUUUGUGUCACUGGCUUCAAUCUUCUUGGACUCAAUUUACUUGGACAAUGUUACCCGAGUUGAUUUUUGAUUUUUGUUUAGUUUAAGAUAUGUCAUCGAUUAUUCUCUUAAAAAAUACCAUUGCGUCUUGUAACGAUGACAAAUAACAGAGUCUAUCUAUAACGAAAUAUUGGAAAAUUCUCGCAUAUUUCUUAAAAGUAUACAAAGAAAAACUUUACCACAAAACCCAGCCAACUUAUGUGACAUUUCAGACAGAAAUGGGAAAGAAGGGAAUCCUUUAACCCUAUGGCUGCACACCAAAUAUAAGUGACCAACACACUGCCCAGGCGGAUACGGCUGU